AUGUUAUCAGGUUGGGGCGAUCAGCCUCAAUCGCAGGGCGAUUAUCAGCCUGAGCAACAUACGACUGAACAACCCCCUCCCAAUUCUCAUCCAUUCAAUUUCCCUAACUAUGAUGACUAUCAACACAACUAUCAUACGCCUGACCCGUCUCAGCCUCAUCUUGACUAUUAUCACGAUGCGACCACACUGCAGGCACCAGCAGGUCCUUCCAGCGAGGCCGCAAACUAUCCUGAUCAAUCAUCAUUACGGGGCUUGCAGCAACGCCAGGAUGAUGACUACCCUGCCAUACUGGGUGGCUAUCAGUCACACCAUCGAUUGCAUCAGCACCCUAAUCAGGACGAGCUGGCCGCCGCCGCCAUCACGAAUUCAAUCCACUAUCCUUUGCCUUCUGUACACCCGCUGCACUGGCGGGACCAGCUCUUCCAUCCAAAACCCAAACACUUUUCCGAUCCAACCACAAUAGGCUUUUUAGAUACGUGGCAGCAGCCUCUCCACAUCUCAGCUGCAGGUCUGGUAGCAAGUGACGCGGUGGCAUUCAACCCGUCUUUUCUCGUCAACUCUGGGCCAACAUCGGCCGCACCCAGCAUACCCACUGUGACCCUCACCCAUCCAUCUAAUCACGCUGAUGAUGUCACUCAACACUCGGUCAUCGCUUCCUCCCACCGCCGCCGCCCCCAGGAAUCCAGGGGGGCAUCUCGUUCGUCACACCCAAGCACCAAACUCGUCAAAACCAAAAGCUCUGCAACCACGAGCUCAAGCGCGCCAACGACGGAAUUGAGGCUCAUUCCAUUCGGCAUUCCAGGGUUUUUGUGCCAGUGUAAAGAAAUGGUCAAAGUGGAUGCCUUUCGCCAAACGUUACUACCCUCGCCCGAUUCUUUACGUCGAAUGGUGAAGUCUUCGUGGGACGUCUUGAACAAAUCCCAGACCAAUGAAUCGCUUCGACAAUGGGCAUUAAGCAAACUAGAUAAUGGCGAAAAAUAUCGGCUCUCGAAGCUCGAGCCUGUCUUUGUAGAGAUACUCGACGACGUGAAGUUGGUGGUGAGGUCAUUUGUAUACCACAAGUAUGACCUCUGGUUCGACUACAGUGUGUCAUUGAACAUUUUGCAUAUCGCUGAGUGCGCGAUACGAGUCCAACGUCUUGUAGAGAAUGACCUGUUUUUGUAUAGCCAAAUAUCUGUCGAGGGAGUCGUCGUCAACGUUGCCUUUGCGAACCCUGUGAUCCUCGCGACAAUGUCAUACUUGUUACAUGACAGUGAACACCAAUAUCACCGGUAUAUCGGGGAUAAUCUCAAUGUCAAGCCGUUUUUCGCAAUAACGGCUACUUUCUGCCGGUGGGCACUAGAAGAACGCCGCACGGGGAGACACAUUGCAAGCGUGUUUAUACCUGAAACUAACCGUACUCAUCUCGAACGCUAUACGCGGAUGCUGGAGGCCAUGAGCCCAUCGCAGCUGGCCGCACUUACAGCACUAUUAUUCAGUAACGGUUCUGUGCUCACUGGCCCGGUUAUACGCACCCGAUGA